UGCAUGACUCAUUCCUGGUAUCUGCCUUGCGACUUUCACUACUUCAUUAUUGCGAUAUUCUUAUGUAUCCUCAUCAAGAAAGAGAAGAAAAUGGGUCUUGGAAUACUUAUUUUAUUCAUGGUAAUCUCGAUGGCCAUCCCAUUUGCGAUCACAAUAAUUUAUCAGCGACCAGGCUUGAUGUAUUUUUAUCCCGAAUUUCUGACUGGACCAAAAGUAUACAUAGAUUUCCUUCUCACAUAUAGCAAAUCACAUACGAGAGCAACACCAUAUUUUGUCGGAAUGAUUGCUGGAUACGUAUAUUACAAAUUGAAAAAUACAAAUGAGCACAUUUGUAGGAUGAAAACGUUUGUUAUCGUUCUUGGAUCUGGUUGCAUAAUGAUGGUGUCUGUAUUCAGUGCUAAAAUAUUUUACAAUCCUUACCACCCAUACAACGCCAUAGAAUCAGCUACUUAUGCAGCUUUUCAUAGACUAGGAUGGGCCGUAGGAACUUCUGGCUUGUUUUACGUCGCUAGUUAUGGUCAUGCAUCCUAUCUGAAAAAAAUUUUAUCAUGGUCGCCAUGGAUACCACUGAGUAAACUUGUAUAUGGAGCUUACUUAACGCACAUGUCCUUUCAGCUCAGAAGUGCAGCCAAGUUCAUGAAUCCGAGACAGCUAACCUAUUUUGAUGUGUUGUAAAACUCAGACCACUCCAUCC